UUUCACACUCAGGGAUGUUCAGCUAAAACCAUAGAGGUUCUGCUAGAUAACUAUGAACGCUACAAGGAAGAAUGUGCCACAAACAUCAGCCGGGACCCUGUCUCUGCAGAACUUGUGUGCAACCGUACCUUUGAUAAAUAUGCGUGUUGGCCUGAUGGGUCUCCAAACACAACAGUCAAUGUCUCCUGCCCGUGGUAUUUGCCAUGGUAUCACAAAGUCCAAACAGGAUUAGUGUCUCAGAGGUGUGGGCCGGACGGGGUGUGGGUCAUGAAAGACGAUGGGGAGCCCUGGAGGGACACAACACAGUGUGACAAUGAGGAGCAGGUUGGGCUUGGGAAGACGCUGAAAAGUUUCAAGAUCAUGUACACAGUGGGCUACUCUGUGUCGCUGUGUGCUUUGGCUUUAGCACUGGGGAUUCUCAUAGUUUUCAGGAAGUUGCACUGCAUGAGGAACUACAUCCACAUGAACCUGUUUGUUUCGUUCAUCCUGCGCGCCAUGUCAAUCCUCAUCAAGGACAUGCUACUCCGAUCAUGGGAGUAUAGCAACAAGCUCCAUGAUGACUCCAAGAUCCAGCUCUGGUUCAACAAUGAGGCUGUGGUCGGCUGCAGAGCUGCCCUGGUUCUGAUGCAGUACAGUGUUGUGGCUAAUUACACCUGGCUGCUGGUCGAAGGCAUCUACCUACACAACCUGCUGGUCAUCACUAUCUUCACAGAGAAGAGCUACUUCAAUAUCUAUUUAUGUAUAGGCUGGGGAGCACCCCUUUUAUUUGUUGUGCCCUGGAUCAUUGUAAAAUACAUGUUUGAAAACACGCAGUGCUGGGAACGAAACUUGAACAUGGGGUUCUGGUGGAUCAUUCGGUCCCCGAUAAUAUUCUCUAUCUUGAUCAAUUUCUUAAUUUUCAUCCGAAUAAUACAAAUUCUUGUGUCAAAGCUAAGGGCCCACCAAAUGCGAUACACGGAUUACAAAUUCCGACUGGCCAAGUCAACCCUGAUCCUGAUCCCAUUGCUGGGAAUCCACGAGGUGGUGUUCGCCUUCGUGACGGACGAGCACGCCAAGGGCACACUGCGUCAUGUCAAGCUCUUCUUUGAGCUGUUCUUCAACUCCUUCCAGGGCUUGCUGGUUGCUAUCUUGUACUGUUUUGUUAAUAAAGAGGUACAGUCGGAGCUUCUGAAGAAGUGGAAGCGUUGGAAGCUGGGCCAGAUUAUUGAAGAGGAGUACCGGCACACCUACAGCCAAGCGUCACAUGUUAAAAAUGGCAACAGUGUACCCGCCCCACCUGCCAGUGAGAAACACAAGCUGGUGAGCAGCUACCAGAAUGGCAUGGACAAGACCAAGAACAGCCUGACCGAGGCAAUGCACUGCUGCGAGUUCCCUCAAGAGAACGCCGAGAGCAACUUCUGACCUGCCACCAAAGUGGGGAAGAAAACCCCGAAGAGGUAAUAAAAUAACAACUCAAAGGACUGAGGGCUUGGCUGGGGCCUGUAUGCUGUAAGCAAGCCUCAGUUUCCUGGCUGGGAAAAUUAAGGUGUUCUUGCCUUUUGAAGACGGCUUUUCAGCAUUAAGUUUUAACAAUGUGUUGUCGAGCUGCCUGCAACAAUCAAGGAUUCACCAAGAAGCCUUUUUCAAAGCUAAAUUGAGGAAAACUAUGGCUUUUCAAUGUGGCUAAGAACUGAAACAAUGUAAAUUAAUAAUAAUGCUUUUAGCAGCAGCUAUCAAAUGGUGACAGAAGUUUCAUGAUUUGCUCGAGGACCCAGCUUUUUGUUUGUUUGUUUGUGGUAAAGCACUUAGGCUGCCUGCUCGACCAUGGCCUUCAGAACUCUGUUCAUAGUUUAUCCUAUGAGGUACAGAUAGGUGCAGCAAAAAGUCUUAUGAAAUGUUGUCAGAUUUAGGGCUACUGUACAUUAAUGCGAGGACUACACACGUUUAAUAGUGGUUAUUACUUGCCACCGUUUUCAGUUUUUGUACAGUAUACUUCCUUAAUUGCAUACUAUUGUGGUGUUGUCUUUGCAACAUUGCUUUCUACAGUAUUAUGUUUUAGAUGUGAAAAAGAGAAAAAGGAAGAGAGAAGACAGACCAGACAAGCACAAUGGUAAUCCACAUUUCUGCAAUAGCCCGUGGAAAUUCGUCUAAGCCAAUAUCAUUGGAUUGAAUGAUUUAUCCUUUCUUAGCUGGAGAGAAGGUAACUGCAUGUGCUGAAUUAUCGUCACACCAUGGCAUGAAAGUAUAUAACAGAUAUGCUAAUCCCGAAACUGGAGUCACAUGCUCAGACCACUCAUGUCUGUUCACCACUUCACUCAGAAGCCAAAAGGCAACUCUUACUGUUGAAUGUUGUGAGUGUUAUUCUGGAUAAUGUAUGGGAUUCAUCAUAUGCUUGCUGCUAGGGAAUGUGAGACUCUUAGAGCUGGCAAACAAUGACCAAUCAGAUAUUGCACCUUUUUAAAGAAGUCAAGACAGCCCAGCCCUACAGGUUUUAUGUUCAUAUUGGUAACUUUAAGGAAACAAAGAAGAGACCUGGAAUCCUAUCAGUAGAACAUCUCUACACUGAGCGAAGAAAACAGGGGAACACAGAUAAUGUAUCGCAUGUUUGUUUUUAAUUUAAUUUAGCAAAUAAGGUCAAGAGCCAAAGUUUGUGGGGUUUGUUUUGCUUAUAUUUUUAAUACAAUUUUUGUUUUAAUAUUAUUUUAAUUUAUACUAGGGACUGCUCUUUUCAAAGAUUGGAUGAUAGCAUGAUCAAGUUAUAAAAUAUGUGCCUUUUUUUACAGAAUUUUUUUUUUUACCCUAAAAUAUAUAGACAUAUUUUUUUGUGUUAUAAUUUGCUUGGAGUCAUCUGCAACAAGCCUACAAUGUAAGUGGAUGUGCAUGGUACAGUAUAAGUAACUGUUAUGCUUGGUAACAAUAUUAUGUAAAAGAGAAAUAAUGAACAAAAACAAGCAAGUGGAAUUGGAAGAAAAGUUUAUAGUAAACCCUAGAGAGGUCUGGUGCAUCUCACUGUGAUAGGUCUCCUAUUUAAAACUGUCCUGAAGACAUUCAACCAUCAUCAUUUGAAAUGGGGAAGGUAAUGUAGAAGAAACUGUGUCGAUUGCUGACAUUAUGUCUUAAGAAAAAUUGUAGUCUUGAAAUUGGAAAAAGGAAGCAGCACACUGAUAGUGUGGGGUGUUUAUGUUCUACUUGUCAUCCCAUCUAUGUGGAUAAGCCCAGGGUUGUAGUCUUUAGAACAAAUGAAUGAAACCAUGAAAUGUACACCUCUCUUUACAUCCAAAGACAAUGCAUGCUGUUUGACAGCUCAGUUUACUAGUUCUGACAUAAUUAUAGAAGUACUUAUAUAUCUCCAGUGCCUGUCACUUCUGUCUAAUCUACAACAUACAGAGUUUCAUUUCUAAAGCUAAACAGAGUGCUUGAAAGCACUGGUCAACAGACAGGUCCAAAUGUUUUUUAUGACAAACCAAACAAAUAUGCCUAUUAGUAUGAUUAAUAACGUUCAAAAGUAAGCUAGGCUAAACAAACACUUUUUCGCUUCUGUUUGAAUACCUGCUAGCUGUUGCAGUCCUCAUCUGCCCAUGAAAGGGAUGAAAAGAGGUCCUACACUUUUUUUAUCCAGCGCUGCUUGCUUUGCGGUUCAUUACCCCGCCUCCCUUGGUUUUCUGAACAUUUGCCCUGACUAUCUUUACCAGCUGUUUGUAUAAUGAUAUGAAUAUCAGAAUAAAUGAAUACUGUAGUAGUGUUGUCUUAAUUGUAAAAGAACAUGAUUUUUCAUAUAAUACACAAGCAGCCUCUGUCUAUCUGUAGCAUAUCCUGAGGGGUAGUUUAAAAAGAAUUACCUACUGGAUGUGAACAUAGACAACUUGUAAUUAAUUCAAUUAAUUUGACGUAUCUGGAUUGUUGGCAGCGUUAGACCUGAAAUUAUAUCUAUUUGGGAGUAAGUGAUAUAUAUAUAUCUAUCAUAUUGAAUUACAUAUCACUUUGCA